CUGGAUCGUUCAAAUCCCCAGGCAGCCCUCGCGCAUCUCGAAUUCGAAUCUCUCUCUUCCUCAUCCGCUCCGACUACCUUCAAUCUCUCUACCUUCUUCUCACCUUCAAUCUACCCUGACCUUAUCUCAUCACAGCUAACCUUACUUAUCGAUACAAGCUCUUUCUAUCUUUCCCCGCACCCCACGAUCCAUCCAAUGCGCUGGUUGUAGCAGUUGUAUUAUUCGCCGCCAGCAUGGCUUUCAUGAAACCUCCACCGGUCCUGGACCGACGGGACUGGCCUGACUUUGACAGAGGUCCCACGCACCGCCUCGACAGGAAUCAUUACAUAUGCAAUUGCGGAGCGCCGUUUGCCAUUCGCCGACAGCCAAACUCCACGGCACUGGGACAGCCCCGAUGCUGCAAACCCAUCCUAUCCAAAGCCUGGAACCCACCCCAGGCCUGUGACUCAGCCGACGGCGUACAGCCUUUGGCCCCCAUUGACAAAGACCUCGCCAACGUCCACACCUUGGACCUAGCGAACAUGGAGUGCCGAGCUCCAGACAUCAAUUCUGCUGCCCUUGAUGUGCUCCCAGAAUCGCUUUCCGAGUUCGGAAUGGCUACUUUGGGUGCAUGCGAUGACUGCCUGACCACUCCAACGCUUUGGCGCUCGAGAGGACGGGACGACAUCAUCAUGGCUCUGUCGGUUGCUCUCUAAUGUGGUGACGAUGUUGUUGCUUAUUCGCACUGGUUGGCCAAGGACCUGAGUACGUCGUAAAACUUCUCGAUCGGCCAUCUAAACCUGAUAGCGCCUGUCCACAAGAUUCCACGC